UUUAGGUCCCCUCAUUUAUUACUCUCACGUUAUAAGCUGCAAACUUGUCCUUCUUCUCUUCAGACUCCAGACUUCAAAUGUGGAACUCCUCUGUCAGCCAUUGCCAGUUGCUUCCUUCUAUGGCGUUUCCUCAGCUCACCACAGCUCUGCUCUUUGCAUUAGCUCUAGCCACAAUUGACCCCUCCACAUGCCAAGAAGUAAAGGCCAAAGUCUCCUGCCUUGACUGCCCCAGCAAUUUCGACCUCUCUGGAAUCAAGGUUUCGGUGAAGUGUGAGAAAGUGAAGAAGUUGGGGGUGGCAACUACAGAACAUGAUGGGUCCUUCAAGGUUAAACUUCCCACAGACUCAGGGAGGUGUGUUGCACAACUUGUGGGAGGACCAGAACAACUUUACACUUCGAGGAAGAGCAUGUUCUCUCGAAUUGUGAAGGCCAGAGAGCCCAACACCUUCACCAUAUCUACUCCUCUGAGCUUCCACGCAAAAUCUGAGCUAGGCUCCUCCAAAACCGUUGAUCUCCCUCUGCCUCCAGAGUGGGGUUUGGCACCCUCUAGCUAUUAUGUCCCCUUCUUCCCCAUCAUUGGAAUACCCUGAUUGUGUGUUCCUGUAAGAUCAAAGUGCUUGUGCACUGUUAUUAAUAAGUACACCCCUCAUAUAUAUAUGUGACGUAAGUAAAAGUGGCAGUAUUGUAAGAUCUGUAUCUAUGCCCAACUCUUGUUAAGCGGCCCGGGAAGAAGGUUAGUUUUUCUCUGUUUAAAAGCAGGCAUGUAUAUGGUGUUUGCUUCCUUGUCCAUGUAUGUCAAUCUCAUGUUAAUCAUAGUGCUAGUUCAUGAAGCACUAGUUUUAGAUUAUACUCUUCUCGGGCUCGAA